GUCGGCGAUUGGUGGCGGCUUGGCUAACGUGUGUCCGCUCAUGCCGGCACUUGUUCCUGACCGACAAGUCGUCACCCACGCUCACGCCCACGACUACGCCCACGCCCACGCCCACGCACACAGACAUACAGCCCUCUCACCCGGUUUGCACCACAUGCUACAUUGGCGGGGCGGGGGUGACCUCGGUGGAAGGGCCGGGGCGGGGGUACAGGUCGGAAGCGGCGGCGGGCGACAGCGGGGACCGUGGCAGUGAGAGACGGGCGACAAGGACGGCAAGCAAGACGACGAUGCGGUGGUAGUGCUCGAGGUGGUGGCCGAUGGCGUGGGAGAGGAGGCAGAGCUGGCAGCGCUGGAUGGGAAAGGCGAGGAGGGAAAGGCUGGCGAACGACGCGGAUGCAGAUGCAGGCGGCGUGGCUCGGAGUGGAGGCGGCGGCGAUGGCGGACGCGUCGCGGCGUAGGGGAGCGCAUGCUGCAGCGAGUGGCACGGGCCGAGUGGCGGAGAGCCGGCGGUGGCGAAAGUGGCGAUAUACCUGACUCGAUAGGAGCCAGGGCAGCAUCCAAAUCGGAGACGGACCAGGUGGUGUUGAACGAGGUGGCGAAGCAGAUCAAGGACUUGGUCAAUGCCAUUGUGAAGCAGGCGAUGGAGGCUGCGGACACCAUUCGCGAGCGGGAGAGUAGCAUUCACAAGCUCACGAUGCAACUUGCUAGCGCGGGCAUCAUGCCUGCGACGAUGGCCACAAACGUCGCUAACAGCUCGCGGACGCGGACCGACUCGGAGAAGGCAGCAUGAGCGCUGAUGGGAUUAUUACAAUCCUCAUGGAUGACGGCUUGUCUCGCAACUCCUGAGUGGUAGCGACAAUAGGAACACAUACUCCCGAGCACCCGCAUAACAGUCGCAAGGCGAAUACCAA